CAUUUCAAGCGGCUUUUUUCAAAGAUGACAGCUGCGUGAAGAAUGCACUUGGCCAGAACAAGUAUAAAAGAAUGGCUUUCCAUUCCACUUACAUUGCUGACUUGGGCGAUGUUAUUGUCCUUGUCACUCAGUUUUGACUGUCAUGGCGACCUACCAAGAGUUCAUCCAACAGAAUGAAGAUCGUGAUGGGAUACGAUGCAGUUGGAACCUCUGGCCCUCCAGCCGCCAGGAGGCCACGCGGCUAGUGGUUCCCCCUUCCUGCCUCUACACACCUCUCAAAGAGAGACCAGAUCUGCCUCCGGUCCAGUACGAACCGGUACUGUGUAGCCGGGCCAGCUGCAAAGCCGUACUCAACCCACUGUGUCAAGUGGACUUCAGAGCUAAGAUAUGGGCCUGCAACUUUUGCUUUCAGAGGAACUCUUUUCCUCCAUCAUAUGCUGGCAUUUCAGAAGUGAAUCAGCCAGCAGAACUAAUGCCUCAGUUCUCCACCAUUGAGUACAUAGUGCAGCAUGGACCUCCAACCCCUCUCAUCUUCCUGUAUGUGGUAGACACAUGUUUGGAAGAAGAAGACCUCCAAGCCCUGAAAGAGUCCUUGCAGAUGUCCCUCAGCCUCCUGCCACCCAACGCCCUGGUUGGUCUCAUCACCUUUGGCCGCAUGAUUCAGGUCCACGAGCUCAGCUGUGAAGGCGUCGCCAGGAGCUAUGUCUUCCGUGGCAAUAAAGAGCUCACGCCAAAACAAAUACAGGAGAUGCUGGGCCUGAUGAAGCCAGCCACCUCUGAACAACAAGGGAAGCCACUUGCCCCACAUGACGCUGUUGCUUGCUGCAGAUUUCUGCAGCCUGUGCACAAAGUAGAUAUGAACCUGACCGACCUGCUCGGGGAGCUGCAAAGAGACCCCUGGCCUGUUCCCCAAGGAAAGAGACCUCUCCGCUCCACAGGCAUCGCCCUCUCCAUUGCUAUUGGACUGUUGGAGGGUACUUUUCCGAAUACCGGGGCCCGUGUGAUGCUGUUUACCGGUGGCCCCCCGUCACAGGGGCCUGGCAUGGUGGUGGGAGAUGAAUUGAAGACUCCCAUUCGCUCCUGGCACGACAUCCAGAAAGACAACGCUCCGCAUCUGAAGAAAGCCACCAAGUAUUAUAAGGCUCUGGCAAAUCGGGCUGCAGUUAACGGACAUGGCAUUGACAUCUACGCCUGUGCACUGGAUCAAACAGGACUACUGGAGAUGAAAUGUCUGUCCAACCUCACAGGUGGACACAUUGUCAUGGGUGAUUCCUUCAACACAUCGCUCUUCAAGCAGACUUUCCAAAGAGUCUUCAGCAAAGAUUACAAUGGAGAGUUCCGCAUGGCUUUUGGCGCCACUUUGGAAGUGAAGACUUCAAGGGAGCUGAAGGUGUCUGGUGCAAUCGGCCCAUGUGUGUCACUCAACACUAAAGGACCAUGUGUUUCAGACAAUGAAAUGGGUGUUGGAGGAACAUGCCAAUGGAAGAUUUGUAGUCUUACGCCUUCCACCACCCUGGCCAUGUACUUUGAAAUAGUAAAUCAGCACAACGCCCCAAUCCCUCAGGGUGGAAAAGGAGCUGUUCAAUUUGUAACGCAGUACCAGCACUCGAACACACAGCGACGGAUCCGUGUCACCACCAUCGCCAGAAAUUGGGCUGACGCACAGUCCCAGAUCCAGCACAUUGAGUCGUCAUUCGAUCAGGAAGCCUCCGCCAUUCUCAUGGCCCGGCUUGGCGUAUUCAGGGCGGAGUCAGUGGAUGGGCCUGACGUCCUCCGCUGGCUGGACAGGCAACUCAUUCGAUUGUGUCAGAAGUUUGGACAGUUCAGCAAAGAUGAUCCAAACUCCUUCAGACUCUCUGAAUCGCUCUCACUCUACCCACAGUUCAUGUUCCACUUGAGAAGAUCACCUUUCCUGCAGGUGUUCAAUAACAGUCCAGAUGAAUCAUCCUACUACAGACAUAAUUUCGUGAGACAGGAUCUGACACAGUCACUCAUAAUGAUACAACCCAUUCUCUACUCUUACUCUUUCUACGGACCACCAGAGCCCGUGCUUCUGGACAGCAGCAGCAUUCUUCCAGAUCGCAUUCUGUUGAUGGACACCUUCUUCCAGUUGGUGAUCUACCAUGGAGAGACCAUUGCUCAGUGGAGGAAAGCAGGCUACCAGGAGAUGCCAGAGUAUGACAACUUCAAGCAACUGCUUCAAGCUCCUGUGGAUGAUGCUCAGGAGAUCCUGCAGACACGCUUCCCCAUGCCCAGAUACAUUGACACCGAGCAUGGAGGUUCUCAGGCCCGUUUCCUCCUCUCCAAAGUCAACCCAUCCCAGACCCACAAUAACCUCUACGCCUGGGGCCAGGAGUCAGGAGCACCAAUCCUCACCGAUGAUGUCAGUCUGCAAGUUUUUAUGGAUCAUCUCAAGAAAAUGGCUGUUUCAAGCUCAGCCUAAAUGUUCUAUGGAGUAUGAAUGAAGGAUGUACAUUUAGAGUGGAAAGAACAUUUGAUAUUCCAUUCUGGAAAAACUUAACAUUCCCAUACCCAAACCUGGCCUUGGCACGACCAAAUGCAUCUUAAUGGUUCCAUCCUCCUAAGAAGUGGUUGUUAGAUUUUUGCAUAUUCUUACCCACAUAAGUAAAUAUCAUUGUUUAAUUUAAGUGUUUGUCUAUUUUCUACAUCUGGAUUUGUCUGUAAUGUUUGUCGACUUAUUUAAUAUUUUUUUUUACCAGGGUGGUAAUUUAGUAAUUUAGUUUGGUUUUCGUCUAACAGAAAGUGUUACUCUUCACGUUAAACCAAUAAGCUUUUAAAAAAAUGUCUGAUUUUCCAAAGAGAUAAUGUCUUCUGUCCUGAUGUUGCUUGUGUAAUUUUUUUCCCAAGCAUGUUUAGACUGAAAUUGCAAUUAAGGCUUGUUUGUGAAUACCAUCCUUGUCCUUCUUUGUUUUGUAUUACACUGACCAGCAAUCUUUCUUACUCUCAACAUAAACUGUAACUGUUCAAGUCAAACAGAUGGGGAAAUAGUGUUUUGCUGUCCAGUUCCUCUGCAUUUGUAAUUAGAAAAAUGUUGUAUGUAAAGAAUAUGAAUGGGACUCACAUUCCAGUUGAUUUACUAUUGUGAACUAAUGCUAUGCAUACUAUUUAUAGUGUGAACUCUCUUUUAGGUUUAAUUCAUUUCAAAAGGUGAAGAUGAAGAUGAGCACAUGAAUUUGCAAACUCUGAUCUUGAUCUUAAAUAAAACAUUACAAAUA